GGGCUGCCCUCCCUCACUUGUGACCCCUCACAGAGGAGCGCAAGGGCCCCCAGGCCAGGGCUGUGAUUGGCCUGACUGGACAAUGCCACUGUGAUGUCGGCCCACUCCUGCUGAAAUGCGGGCUCCUGAGCUCUGGGGGGCAGUGGAGCUGCCGUCCAGACACAUGAUGAGUGGCGGGUAUGAUCUCAACCUCUUCACCAAUCCUCCCGACUGCACCUUCCUGUGUUCUGUCUGCCAUGGGGUUCUCAAGAGGCCAGUGAGGUUACCAUGCAGCCACAUCUUCUGCAAGAAGUGCAUCCUCCGGUGGCUAGCCAGACAAAAGACCUGUCCGUGCUGCAGGACAGAGGUGAGAAGGAGAAAGAUGGUCCAUGUGAACACUCUCCGGAAGACCAUCGGCCGCCUGGAAGUCAAGUGCAAGAACGCCGAAGCUGGCUGCUUGGUGACGUGCCCCCUCGCCCAUCGCAAGGGCCACCAGGACUCGUGCCCAUUCGAGCUGACGACCUGCCCCAACGAAGGCUGCACGGCGCGGGUGCUGCGUGGGGCCCUGACUGAGCACAAGCAGUGCUGCCAGUUCAGUACCCCGCAGCGCUGCCCCCUGGGCUGCGGGGCCACCCUGGGCCCGGCCGAGCGCGCGCACCACAACUGCUACCGCCAGCUGCGGGAGGCCUGGAGCCAGCGCCAGGAGCGCAGCCGGACCCUGCUGCUGUGCGUGCUGCGGCGCAUGCGCAAGGUGCACCACACCACCCACGUGCUCCGCAGGCAGCUGGCCCAGCUCGGGAACUUCCUGGAGGACGACGCGCUGCUGCUGGGCCAGGGCGCCCCGCCACGGGCAGCCGAGGCCGCCCCGGAAGGCAGCGCUGGGGCUGAGGUUGGGGGGUCCAGGGCCAACGUACCUUGUAAAUAGAGGAGCAAAUAAACGCGGGGGCCAGGCCUGGCCCGCCCCGCCGCCU